UGCGACCUGAGCCGAGCGGAAGUGACGCAAGGCGGCCGCCGGAGGUGUCGCGAAGCGUUGUGCGACCCGGUCUGUACCGAGAGGGGCCUGGACCCGGAGCGAUACCGCUAUGUCGAUCGAAAUCGAGUCUUCCGAUGUGAUUCGUCUUAUCAUGCAGUAUUUGAAGGAGAACAGUUUACAUCGGGCGUUGGCCACCUUACAGGAGGAGACUACUGUCUCUCUCAAUACUGUGGACAGCAUUGAAAGUUUCGUGGCUGAUAUUAAUAGUGGCCAUUGGGAUACUGUUUUACAGGCUAUACAGUCUCUGAAAUUGCCAGACAAAACCCUUAUUGAUCUCUAUGAACAGGUGGUUCUGGAAUUGAUAGAACUUCGUGAACUGGGUGCUGCCAGGUCACUGCUAAGACAGACAGACCCCAUGAUUAUGUUGAAGCAAACACAGCCAGAGCGCUACAUUCAUUUGGAAAACCUCUUAGCCAGGUCCUACUUCGAUCCUCGUGAGGCGUAUCCAGAUGGAAGUAGCAAAGAGAAAAGGAGAGCAGCAAUUGCCCAGGCGUUAGCUGGGGAAGUCAGUGUGGUGCCUCCAUCUCGUCUCAUGGCGUUGCUGGGACAGGCGUUGAAGUGGCAGCAGCACCAGGGCUUGCUUCCUCCUGGUAUGACCAUAGAUUUGUUUCGAGGCAAAGCAGCUGUCAAAGAUGUGGAAGAAGAAAAGUUUCCCACGCAGUUGAGCAGGCACAUUAAGUUUGGUCAGAAAUCCCAUGUGGAGUGUGCUCGGUUCUCUCCAGACGGUCAGUAUCUGGUCACUGGGUCUGUGGAUGGAUUCAUUGAAGUGUGGAACUUCACUACGGGAAAAAUCAGGAAAGAUCUUAAGUACCAGGCCCAGGAUAACUUCAUGAUGAUGGAUGAUGCUGUCCUCUGCAUGUGUUUCAGCAGAGACACUGAAAUGUUAGCAACUGGGGCCCAAGAUGGAAAGAUUAAGGUAUGGAAGAUUCAGAGUGGACAGUGUUUAAGAAGAUUUGAAAGGGCACAUAGUAAAGGUGUCACCUGUCUGAGCUUUUCAAAGGAUAGCAGUCAGAUCCUUAGUGCGUCUUUUGACCAAACAAUAAGAAUUCAUGGUUUAAAAUCUGGGAAAACACUGAAGGAAUUCCGAGGCCAUUCCUCCUUUGUUAAUGAGGCAACGUUUACACAAGAUGGACAUUACAUCAUCAGUGCGUCUUCUGAUGGCACUGUGAAGAUCUGGAAUAUGAAGACCACGGAAUGUUCAAAUACCUUUAAAUCCUUGGGCAGCACUGCAGGGACAGACAUUACCGUCAAUAGCGUGAUUCUGCUGCCUAAAAACCCAGAGCACUUCGUUGUGUGCAACCGGUCAAACACAGUGGUCAUCAUGAACAUGCAGGGGCAGAUUGUCCGGAGCUUCAGUUCUGGGAAAAGAGAAGGUGGUGACUUCGUUUGCUGUGCUCUCUCCCCCCGCGGUGAGUGGAUCUACUGUGUUGGGGAGGACUUCGUGCUCUACUGCUUCAGCACAGUCACUGGCAAGCUGGAGAGAACGCUAACGGUUCACGAGAAGGAUGUGAUUGGAAUUGCACACCACCCACAUCAGAACCUGAUUGCCACCUACAGUGAAGACGGACUCCUGAAGCUCUGGAAACCCUAAGUCAUCUUACAGUGCAGCCAGGGAACGUGCUUACGUGGAGGAGUGUCCAUGUGCUACUUUUUCAUGUCUGCCUUUGUAAGCAGACACUGUCUGAAUAAGUCACAAGAAUAAUUUUGCUAAAAUUCACGUUUAAACAGUAGUUAUCAUUUAAAACUUUUUCUUUGAGACAGGGUUUCUCUGUGUAGCCCUGGCUGUCCUGGAACUACACAGGGUGGCCUUGAACUCACAGAGAUCCACCUGCCUCUCAAGUGUUGAGAUUAAAGGUGUAAACACCCACCACCUGGCUUCCAUUUAGAGUGCGUUUCAAAGGCUUUAGUUUAUCUGCUUUUAACUGGGGAAGUCAUUUAAUGUUUUCAAUAAUCUUCUACCAAAAGACUUAAAAUACUAUUAUUUCUAGAAGAAAAACAUUUGAAAUGCUUAUUAAAACCUGUGUCCUAGCAUAAAAUGUGUAAAUAAGUCACUAUGCCAUAUUCAGUAGCUGGGUUUUUUAAAAAAGAUUUUAAUAAACUUAAUACCUUUCUGAA